AGCAACGAUGCCUCCGGGAGCACGUGGAACUGGAUGUACUUCAUCCCCUUAAUCAUCAUCGGCUCCUUCUUCAUGCUCAACUUGGUGCUUGGUGUGUUGUCAGGAGAGUUUGCCAAAGAGAGAGAGCGUGUGGAGAACAGAAGAGAGUUCCUGAAGCUCAGAAGACAGCAGCAGAUUGAAAGGGAACUUAAUGGUUACCUUGAGUGGAUCUGCAAGGCUGAAGAAGUCAUCUUGGCGGAUGAUGAAAAUGAAAACGAUUAUGAUGGUUCUCGUAGAAGAGCCACAAAGAACCAUAAGAGCAAAGCAGAACUGUUAAACCCAGAGGAAGGGGAGGGGGACCUGGCAGUGGGUUCACCGUUUGCCCGUGCCAGUCUGAAAAGCUCAAAACUAGAGGGGUCAACKUUCAAGAGGCGGGAGCGCCGAUUUCGCUUCUUUGUCCGACGUGUUGUGAAGUCGCAGGCCUUCUACUGGACUGUCCUGUGUUUGGUGGGCCUCAACACACUGUGUGUGGCUGUAGUGCACUACGACCAGCCUGAACCACUUUCAGAUUUUCUAUUUUAUGCUGAAUUCAUCUUUCUGGGAAUUUUCCUAACCGAGAUGUUUAUAAAACUGUAUGGCCUGGGCAGACAGGCCUACCUCAAUUCCUCUUUCAACUGCUUUGAUUGCAUUGUGAUAAGUGGUAGUAUAUUUGAAGUGUUGUGGUCCAUCAUCCAGCCGGGCACGUCGUUUGGCAUCAGCGUGCUCCGAGCUCUCAGGUUAUUACGAAUCUUCAAAGUCACCAAGUACUGGGCAUCGUUGCGGAACCUUGUCGUCUCUCUGCUCAACUCCAUGAAGUCCAUUAUUAGCUUGCUCUUUCUUCUCUUCCUCUUCAUCGUUGUCUUUGCCCUGCUGGGCAUGCAGCUCUUCGGAGGACAGUUUAAUUUUGAAAACGGCACCCCUCCAACCAAUUUCGAUACCUUUCCCGCAGCAAUAAUGACAGUGUUUCAGAUCCUGACUGGCGAGGACUGGAACAUGGUGAUGUACGAUGGCAUCAAGUCUCAGGGUGGAGUUAACAAAGGAAUGGCCUUCUCUGUCUUCUUCAUUGUCCUCACACUAUUUGGCAACUACACUCUGCUUAAUGUGUUCUUGGCUAUCGCAGUGGACAAUUUGGCUAACGCACAGGAACUGACCAAGGAUGAGCAGGAGGAAGAGGAAGCUGCCAGUCAGAAGAUCGCCCUGCAGAAAGCCAAGGAGGUGGCUGAAGUCAGCCCGUUGUCCGCUGCCAACCUCUCCAUUGCAGCCAACAAAGUACACAGUGAGUGUCACAACGCGUCCGACCCCUUUCUGGACUGUAAAGAGCAGCAGAAAAACCACACAAAAGGGGUCAAUAAGUCGGUGUGGGAACAGCGCACCAAGGAGCUGAGGAGGCAGACUCUGGCAUCCAGCCGGGAGGCACUCUACAACGAGCUGGACCCCGAUGACCGCUGGAAGGCAAGGACAGGGAGGGAGGAGCACAACAAUGUCAACUUUUCACGUCACAUUCGCCCAGACAUGAAAACCCACCUGGAUCGGCCCUUAGUCGUCGACCCCCGUGAGAACCGAAACAACAACACCAAUAAGAACACUGCCAACAAUUCAGACCUCUGUCUCACCCAGAACCAUUCUGUUGACGAACUUCACAAACAAACACAGCUCAAACAACAGAGCGGGGGUGGCGGAGGAGGUUCGAGCCCACCCAGGCCUCCGCUUGAUCGAGGGGAGUCCACAGAAAGUAGGCGGAGCCGCAGAGGUGAGCACCACCACAAGUCGCAUGUCCGACUGGACGCUACGGURAUCCCUGGACCUGGCUCGGAGGAGAGGCCAACCAGGCGCCAUCACCACACCCGGAGCGGCAGUCAAGGGGGUGGGCAGUCGAAGCACAGGAAGCCCAGGUCACACAGAAAAAGUGCAGAAGCUGGGGAAGAUGGUGGGGAAGGAGGAGGGGCUGGAAAAUCAGGGAGAAAUAGGAGUAAAGGGAUGGAGGGAGGUGGAGAAGGAGGAGAACAGGAGGGAGCUGGCGACAGCAGUGAGAGGAAGCCAAGAAGAAGUCGACACGGCAAUCAAGAUGGAGAAGGGAGGAGAAUGUGCCAGCACAGACGAAAGGAAUGCAGUGUCCCAAACCUCUCCACCACACGACCCAUCCAGAAGAGCCUCUCCAGACAGAAUAGCCAGUACAGUGAGGAUAUGGAUAACCUUAUGAAUACCAAACUUGUCUCCGGGUCUUCUCCACCCAAUGAAGGUCACAAAAAUCCACUUGCCAAUCGUGCUGUUGUGCCUGGCUUUGGCUCUGCCCUGCAUCUUGCUAAAAGUGGCACUCAUGGAAGUUUGGUCACAUUAGGUAGCUAUGGGAACAUUGUACAUCAACGUGCGCACAGUGUGAUCAGGCUGCCCCACCCUGACUACACAGCUUUGGAUAUGCCAAUAUUCCCAUCUAUUAAUGCCAUUCUGCAAGUUAAUAAAAAUGCAAACACUGAGCCUCUUCCAGCAAAGGAGGAUAAAGAUGAUGAUGAUGAUAAAGGUGGUGAAGGAGGUCCCCGACCCAUGCCUCCAUAUAGCUCCAUGUUCAUCCUGUCCACCACUAACCCAUUUCGACGGGCAUGUCACUACGUUUGCACUCUACGUUAUUUUGAGAUGUGCAUCUUGCUUGUCAUUGCCAUGAGCAGUAUCGCCUUGGCUGCUGAAGAUCCUGUCUGGCCUGAUUCCCCUCGAAACAAUGUACUUCGCUAUUUUGACUACGUCUUCACAGGAGUGUUCACAUUUGAAAUGCUGAUAAAGAUGGUGGAUCUUGGGUUGGUCUUGCACCAGGGUUCUUAUUUCCGGGACUUGUGGAACAUCCUUGACUUUAUAGUGGUUAGUGGUGCUCUGGUGGCCUUUGCCUUCACCGGCGGCGGGGGGAGCAGUAAGGGAAAAGACAUCAGUACUAUCAAGUCCUUGAGGGUUCUGCGAGUGCUACGUCCUUUGAAGACUAUUAAACGUCUUCCCAAACUAAAGGCCGUGUUUGACUGUGUGGUGAACUCUCUAAAGAAUGUGCUCAACAUCCUGAUCGUCUACCUACUCUUCAUGUUCAUUUUUGCGGUGGUGGCUGUGCAGCUUUUCAAGGGGCGCUUUUUUUACUGCACUGAUGAGUCCAAAGAGUUUGAGCGUGACUGCAGAGGCGAGUAURUGGUGUACGAGCGUGAUAACGAAGUGAGGGCGCAGAAGCGGGAGUGGAAGAAAUACGAUUUCCACUAUGAUAAUGUGGCUUGGGCCCUUCUCACCCUCUUCACUGUUUCCACUGGAGAGGGGUGGCCGCAGGUGCUAAAACAUUCAGUAGAUGCGACCUAUGAGAAUCAGGGCCCAAGCCCGGGAUACAGGAUGGAGAUGUCCAUCUUUUACGUGGUGUACUUCGUGGUCUUCCCCUUCUUCUUCGUCAACAUUUUCGUCGCUCUCAUUAUCAUCACCUUCCAAGAACAGGGUGACAAGAUGAUGGAGGAUUACAGUUUAGAAAAGAAUGAGAGAGCUUGUAUAGACUUUGCCAUCAAUGCCAGGCCUCUGACACGUCACAUGCCUCAAAACAAGCUGAGCUUUCAGUACCGAAUGUGGGAGUUUGUGGUGUCACCGCCUUUUGAAUAUACCAUCAUGGCUAUGAUUGCACUCAACACCAUAGUGCUGAUGAUGAAGUAUGAUGAAGCUUCUCCCACCUACGAAGCUGUGUUAGCCAACCUGAACAUAGUGUUUACCUCCCUCUUCUUCUUGGAGUGUGUACUCAAGAUCAUUGCCUUUGGAUUUCUGAAUUAUUUCAAAGAUGCCUGGAAUAUUUUUGACUUUGUGACAGUUCUGGGCAGCGUCACUGACAUCCUGGUUACGGAGCUUGGGAUGGAUAAUUUCAUCAACCUGAGUUUCCUGAGGCUGUUCAGGGCUGCUCGUCUUAUCAAGCUGCUCAGGCAGGGAGAAACCAUUCGCAUCCUGCUCUGGACCUUCGUUCAGUCUUUCAAGGCGCUACCUUAUGUCUGCCUUCUCAUCGCCAUGCUGUUUUUCAUCUACGCCAUCAUCGGGAUGCAGCUAUUUGGUAAUAUUGCAACCGAAAAAGAUGGAGAGAGCGCCAUCAAUGAGCACAACAACUUCAAGACCUUUGUACAGGCUUUGAUGCUCCUCUUUAGGAGUGCCACAGGAGAGGCAUGGCAUGAUAUCAUGCUGGCGUGUUUGGGGGGUAAGGUGUGUGACCCCCUGUCAGGGAAUACAGAGCCAGAGUGUGGCAGCCAGGUUGCCUAUCUCUACUUUGUCUCCUUCAUCUUCUUCUGUUCGUUUUUGAUGCUGAAUCUGUUUGUAGCCGUCAUCAUGGACAACUUUGAGUACCUAACUAGAGAUUCAUCCAUUCUGGGACCCCAUCACCUGGAUGAGUAUGUAAGGAUAUGGGCCGAGUAUGAUCCUGCUGCAUGUGGCAGGAUCAGUUGCAGGGAAAUGUAUGACAUGCUGAGGCACAUGAGUCCUCCUCUGGGCCUCGGGAAGAGGUGUCCAGCUCGGGUGGCCUACAAG